AUGACUUCCCAGAAGCUCCUCAUUAUUUUCUUGCAGUCCGCUAACAGCCAAGCCGACAUCCUCGCUGAGAAGGGCAUCCAAUCAAUCAUAUUCAACGGCUUGGACGACACUGAAAUCAUUCGACAAGCAGCGGCUGAUCACGAUGUUAUCAUCCAUAUCGCCAACAGCUUUCACAAAGCUUCAGCAGAGGCUAUGCUUCAGGGUCUACAUGACCGAAAGUCCAAGAUGGGAAAGACUGGCAUCUUCAUCCACACUUCCGGAACCAGCAACGUUGCUGACUUCCCCAUCACGAAGAAGUACCGUGGAACUCGGGUCUUCGCCGACAAAGAAGACAUCUUCAGCUACGAGAAAUCUCUUGACCUCCAAGAACCCUAUCAAAAUCGUUCAGUUGACAUCUUUGUCGCUGAGACCGGCAAGCGAUUGGGAUUGCCCAUGCUUAUGCGCUUGGCCCUGACCAAUGGCGAAUCCCGGUAUAUUGGUGAAGGUGCAGGGCGAUGGAGCCAUGUUCACGUGGAAGAUCUGGCGGCGCUCUAUGAGACUGUCGUUGCCAGCGCCAUUGCCGGGAAGAUUUCCCCUCACGACCGAGCCAUCUUCUUUGCCGAGAUUGGGAGUAGUAGCUUCGCCAAAAUUGCUGACAACAUCGGAAGAGCCGGGUUGAAGCUAGGAGCGCUCAAAACCGCCAAGGCCUCAUCAAUGUCACUCGAAAGCAUUGCCCGUGAUCAGUUUCACGGGGAUAUGAACUGGGCCGAGAUUGUCUUUGGUUCAGAAUCGUUGGUAGCUGCAAAUCUCUCAAGGGAGAUUGGGUGGAAGCCCAAGAAGACGGCGGUGGAUUGGGAGGCAACAUUCAUCGACGAGUUUCGGUUGGUGUUUGGCGAAGCAAAUGGAGUAAACAAAAUGAAGUAA